AUGCUGCAUGUUGUUACCGAGACAUUCUCUCCCGGCCCUCGCUGCUGUCCGUUCACAGAGCUCCGUGAGCGGGGACCUGGUGCCCUGCACCUCCUUGUCCAGGCCGCCGCGGUCACAGCAGCCGAUCAGGGGGGGCGGACCCGACAUGCCGCGGUGGUGAGCACCGUGAACCAGCGGAUCCAUCGGCAGGAGUUCGGCCGCCUGUUCGCUGUGGUGCACUUCGCUGGGCGUCAGUGGAAGGUCACCGACGAAGACCUGAUCCUGAUAGAGAACCACAUCGAGGCGGAGUGCGGGGAGCGGAUCCGGAUUGAGAAGGUGCUUCUGGUCGGGGCGGAGGACUUCACCCUGAUCGGCAGGCCCCUGCUGGGAAAGGAACUGGUCCGGGUCGAGGCCACCGUGAUCGAAAAGACUGAGUCCUGGCCCAAAGUCCACAUGAGGUUCUGGAAGAGACACCGGUUCCAGCGCAAGAGGAUCAUCAUCCAGCCGCAGACGGUGCUGAGGAUCAACAGCAUUGAGCUGGCCCCCAGACUGACAUGAUGACCAAGACUGCGGGUUUAUUUGUUCAGAGUCACUGUAAACAUGUAAACGGGUCAAUAAGCCUGUUUGUGACUUUCAGAGUUUCUGUAAACAGAGACAAUUGUUUUCUCAGCCUUUGGUAGAAUCCUCUUGUAAAUAAAUGAUAUACAACAUGUGACA